AUGAAGAAAUUGGCUCUAGCUGCAGAGAUCAAGGCAAGGAUUGAUGAAAAGGCAGAGCAAUCCUACGACAGGAAAUUUCAGAAAAUCAGGCAAAAAUACGACCCUCAAGGCAAGUGGCAGCUAAGUGACAGAAUCUUCAAGAAGAAUUGGACCUUCAGUGAAGCGAUGCAAGACUUGAAAGAGCACUGGCAAGAAAUGGAUGAUUCGUCUACAGAAAGAACUUUCCCAAACGUGACCGAUGAAGAGUUCAGGAAGGAUCCUAGAGCCGCCAUGCAGAAGUACAGAGAGCAGGCUGCAGGUCCAGGAGGAAUCCUGUCGUACAAGACGAAAAUGUACAGGUCUUAUCCGCAGUACCUUCGUCUACGAUCCAUUGCGCAAGAAGAAGAGGAUGAGACAGAUAGCGUAGAAGAAUUCCUGAAUAGUGGACUCAACUGUUCGAAUGAGAUGAGAGUUUUGUUUGGGAAUAUACAGAUGAUGAUUGGCGAACGGAUCUCAACGAAGAAGAGACAAGAGAUUGUUGACCUUAUUGAGGACCUACGUUUGAAUCAAGAAAGUUGGAAGUGGAUGAACGAGGAUCAUGACCAUGACGAUGAAAGCAUGAGAGAAUCGCUGGACCAUCGUGAAGAUCGUUUUGAGCCCCAACAGAUAACCGAUUACGUGGAAGAUGGUAUGAAAGACGACGAUGAAAUGGAUAAACUCGAAGCGGCCAUACAAGAUCUCUAUACAGACAUCCACAGCCGCAAUAGAAAAAGGUUGAAGGACAUGAGACAGCGAGAAAUUUGGAAGGACAUCAAAUUCUACUUCAAAACUUUGUCAACGCACAUGCAGAAAUGGGAUUGGAGUUCUUUGAAGCCAAACAAUGUUGACCAAGUUCUUCUGGAUUUCAAGAUCCCCAACGACUUUGAAGAGCUGAACAUCGAAGGAAAGCAGGGCGAGGACACCAUCGACUAUUGCUUCGACAAAUGGAUGGAGGACAUGUCGACCAUGAUUUUGAAUCUUCCCAAGACAGCUUUGCCUGCUUUGAAUCUUACGGAUGACGAGCGAAAUACGUGUGCUACCUAUCAGCUGCUGGAGAAACAACUCGAAGAUGAGCCGCCAGAGAUGCGAGACGCAUGCCUAUACGAUGACGUGUACAACUUCGCAUUUCCUUCGAACAACUUGACGCUGGUGCAACAAGUUCAAAAGGCUCUUGAGCAAAACAGGCGACUGUUCCCUUUAUCGUCUGCCGCUCUGCCUCCGAACUCGGCCUUGCGUUGGAAGAAGAAGAGGAGAAUCGUCAAGAGCACCCAUCUCGAAGAAUUCAUCAUGAAUGUGUCUUUGAGAAGAGGAGUGUCGAAGAUCGUAGUGGAGAGAGAGGGAAAGGAGAAGUUCUUCAAGCUCGAUAAGAAAGUUGAUCUGAGGAGCACGGGGAACGAAGGAUCGGAUUGCAGGAAUACGAUCGACUUUGUCAAUGAGGACGAAUUGUAUAAAGACUUCAAAUACACUGCAAGGAGAGACAAAGAGCAGAUUUAUUUCCGGCAACUUCAGAAUUUCAAAUGUCGUGAUCAGGUUUCUCUUUUCAUAUUGACUCUUUGCACGUACGAUAACAUCGAUCUCAUCUUCUUCAGCUCGGAGACGAAAAGCUACUGCAAGAGAAUGGAACCGUUGAAUCAUUACCUGAGAUAUGCCGGCCUGUGGCAUGAGUGGGUUGGUCCUCUCAAUGGAGAAGUGGAGUUCUCCUCCUCCUCCUGCUCCUCACCUCUGUUCUCCUCCAUCAAAUGGACUGGGUAUGCAAACAGCUCAGAAGAGGAGAGAAAAUUCAAUCAGACAGUCCAAGGAGGCUGGUGGAGCACAAUCGAAGGAGGAGGAAACUUGCAUGUGUGGAUGUCAAGGUUGACAAGGAAGAUCGAGAGGAGAGAGCUGGAUCCGGUUGAGCAAGAGCUGAAACAAGCAAAUUUCUCCGAUUACCUUGACGUGGGAGCGAAGUUGGGAGGGGGAGUUGAGCUUGAAGAGGGCGCAUGGGACGAGCUCAAGGCUGGAGUGAUAGUUGCUUCGCUCGUUCAGAUGCACCUCGAUGUGGAAACAGAGUCAAAGCGCCAGGGGCUAGACACGUUUCAAGAGCUCACACGGGUCAUUGAGAGGAUCGAGGAUGGAGUGACCAUACGUCAAGUGCAGGCGGCUGCUGAUCUCUUCGAGGUUAAGAUCGAAAUGUUUGAAGUCACACCGUCCGGUGUAAAAAUCCACAGUUUCCUCCCUGCUGACGACGACGCGUCCACCUCAACCCCAAUCGUUCGGCUCUGCUCCAUUGCCCAGCACUUCUGGUGCAUAACGCCGUUUGACUUCGCCGAGGCGGAAGAGAAAAAGGCUGCCAUCGAAGAGUUGAGGGCAGCUCCGCUCAACUUCACUAAUCCCCAAGAGGAGGAGGUGUACAACUAUGACAUGGAGGGCUUGCAAGAGUGCCAGGACGAGGUGCAAGAGUUGUGCGAUCUCUUGGAGCAUGAAGGCAUUCCUGUCAAGUUCUUUGGGGAAGAGCAUCGGCUGAACCCACUCCAUAUCGAAUGGCUCGACACGUUCAUGGGAGGGGUGGACAAGUGGGAGAAGAACAACUUCGAUCCUCCUCCCGACCUCUGGGACCGUGAGACGGUGUUGGGUUGCUUGGACGCAACUGUGGCCGAUAUGAAAGAUGAGAUUGCGGCAUACAGGAAGCAGAAAAUGGAAGAGGAGGGAAUGGAAGACACAGCUGCACGCGACAAGAAGAGGGCGGGGAAUCAGUCUCGCAACCCUCUGACAGCUCAGAAGCACAUUGAACAAACUCUCUCGUCGAGUUCCGCGACUCACAAUACAGGGAAACAUGACAGCAGGAGUUUGCAACAGGCGAAGUCUGUGGGAAGAGAGAGUCCUGCGCUUGCUGCCAGAGUCUCUCGCUUGAACCCUCCCUUCGGUGUUGACAAGGUGAUAGAAGAGGAUGAGACGCAGACAGUCGAUCAAGAUGAAAAGAUAGACAGCCUCCGAUCAAACAGCGUUGUUGUCGAGGCAGUCGAAGACUUGGAGGAAAUGCAGUUUGCGUGGUGGAGCAAAUUCUGUCCUGAGCAGGUCAAACCCAUAAAACCUGUCAAGAACUUUUGGAAGGGAAACUUUCAGAACCGCUCGGUGCCAUGGAGGAAGGAGCAGCUCGGGGCGUUUCCCAGCUACAGAGACUUUCCAUGGCCUCCCCCGAAGGACGAGGACGGGGUGGCAGAGAGAGUCACCCGUCACAUGGAGCGAUGUACACCUUUCAGCAUCGACCGGUCGAGGUUUCGCGGAGCCUCUGAGCGCACCAUCAACCAGACCAUGAGAGACUCGAAGCUUCUCCCUGACUUCCUUCACCCCAGCCGUCGGAUGCACAACAAUCAAACCUAUGAUCCGCUUGUUGGCCAGGCGUUCUCAGACUUGAGAGACAGACUGCUCUGCCUUAUAGCUGACAAGCUUGAUGAACAUGGAGUCAGGAGUUACGCACAGGCUUUAGCCUCUUUCGAUACUGACCAGUCAGGACGUAUGAACAUACAAGAUUUUCAGAGAUUUCUGUCUCUGUAUGGAGUUGCGGCGGACGAGGAGCAAAUUGAUGAGCUUUUCUUCGGCUUCGAGUCAGCAAGCAGACCAGGAUCGGUGCCCUACUCGUCUUUGGUGACAGCAAUCGAAUCUGAGAGGAUGCGUUUCAAUCGCAUUUAUCACUUCUCCGACAAGUUCACCCUUAAACUUAGCAAAUUUAUUGACGACUAG